AUGCUACGACGAGGCGUGGUCAACAGCUCCCGGCGUCCCCCGGGCCUUACACGAGCUGCCUCUACGGCCGCGGCCGCGAGAGCCGUCAAGAAGGAAGGCGAUAUCUCUGAUGCGUUUGUGUCCUUGUCUGGCGGCAAGAGGCCUCCUUUGCCGGACCGCUUUCGAAGACUAAAGUGUGACUUGGUCAGGGAUAGGGAGAAGCAAAUUGCUGAUAGCUGGAAGAGGUUGCUGCGGCAGUUGAGGGUCGAGAAUGACAUCAUUGCCCAAAAGGGAUCAGACGUUAUUCCCCAGGUGGACUUUGCAGAUUUGGAUGCCGGAUGCCGAGGGCUGAAGGAGGAGAUUAGGAAACGUGGUGCGAUUGUCGUCAGGGGAGUGAUCCCCGAGGACGAGGCGAGGGCUUACAAGGAGGAGAUAGAGGCAUAUGUUAAGAGGAAUCCUUGGACUCGAGGUGAGGCCCUUGUGCGAAAAUUCCCGUUGCUGUUGCCACAAGAAACUCUGUAUGAUGUGCUGACCGGCUCGAAAGCGUUCCCGGCGGACAACCCUCAAGUAUACGAGUUGUACUGGUCUGCGCCGCAACUCAAGGCUCGCUCGCAUCCGUCUCUCUUGCGCGUACAGCACCGUCUCAUGUCAUUGUUGUGGCAUACCUCGUCGGAUCAAGCGCAGAUAUCUCUGCAGAACCCGCUCUCAUACGCCGAUCGGUUGCGCAUUCGACAGCCGGGCGAUGCUGCAUUUGCGCUGGGCCCGCACAUUGACGGUGGCAGCGUGGAAAGAUGGGAGAGGGACGGAUACGGACUCGGCGGCGUGUAUGACAGGAUCUUCCAAGGAGAGUGGGAAAGCUACGACCCAUGGGAUGCCAGCGGCCGAGUCCAAGCAGUUAACAACUUGUACGAUGGUCUGGGGGCCUGCAGCAUGUUCAGGAUGUGGCAAGGCUGGUUGAGCAUGAGCAAAUCCGGGCCUCACGAGGGAACUCUGCUGGUCAACCCUCUUAUGCACAUGGCAACGGCCUAUGUGCUCCUUCGCCCGUUCUUUGAACCGUUGAAUGAAUGCAGGACCUCGAGGGGAUAUCUCGAAGAGAACAACUGGAAGCUGAUUGGUGAAGCUGACAUGGAGAGCGAACUGCAAGGUGCCUCACCUGGUCAUGGCCAAGAGCUCACCAAUGAGCUGCACCCGCACCUUGAGCUCCAACGAACCAUGGUUCACGUGCCAAAAAUCAAACCUGGCGAUUUCGUUGCGUGGCAUUGCGACACCAUCCAUUCUGUCGACAAGGUUCACAGCGGAUGCGGAGAUUCCAGCGUCUUGUACAUUCCCGUUUGCCCCGUCACAGACAUCAACGCGACAUAUAUUGCACGCCAGCGGCAGGCCUUUCGUGACGGAACGCCAGGGCCAGACUUCCCUGGAGGCGAGGGCGAAUCUCGGCACGUCGGCCGACCGACCGAAGAUAUGUUGCGCAGGUGGACAAAUGAUGUUGGACGCCAAGCAUUUGGCCUUGACAAGAUCCAAGUACGAGACAGUGCUUUGCCUGGCGAAAGAGAAGUCGUGAAACGGGCAAACAUGGCCUUGGGAUUUUAA